AUGGUCAAGGAGACAAAGCUCUACGAUACCCUAAAUGUCAAGCCUGAGUCUUCUCAGGACGAGAUCAAAAAGGGAUAUAAGAAAGCAGCCUUGAAAUGGCAUCCAGACAAGAACAAAAACAGCCCCGAUGCGGCUGAAAAGUUCAAAGAAUGCUCGCAAGCAUACGAGAUUCUUUCCGACCCCGAAAAGCGUAAGAUUUAUGAUCAAUAUGGUCUCGAAUUCCUCCUACGUGGUGGUACCGCUCAACCCGAAAGCGGUGCUGGUGCCGGCGGCAACCCCUUUGCAGCUGGAGGUAUGCCUGGCGGAUUCAACUUCGAAGGCGGUAUGCCUGGUGGAGGCACCCGGACUUUCCACUUUAACACCGGUGGCGGUGGUGCUGGCUUUGGUUUCAGCAACCCCGAAGAAAUCUUUGCCGAGUUCAUGCGCAACGGAGCCGGUGGUAUGCAUGGCGGCGUUGAUGAUGAUGACAUGGCAGGCGUGUUUGGUGGGUUCGGCGGAGGUCCUCGCAGCCGUGCUUCACGCACGCGAUCAGGCUUUGAGGGACGAGCCAGGGAAACGACACCCGAGGUUACAACCGUCGAGCGACCUCUACCUCUGACUCUCGAGGAGUUGUUCAAUGGUGUUACCAAGAAGAUGAAGAUUAAGCGUAAGACGUUUGAUGAUUCUACCCAGAAGCGGGUGCAGACCGAUCAAAUUCUCGAAGUCCCCAUCAAGCCUGGUCUGAAGAAGGGCUCCAAGAUCAAGUUCAACGGAGUCGGUGAUCAAGUAGAGGGAGGUCGCCAAGAUCUUCACUUCAUUGUCGAAGAGAAGGAACACCCUCUCUACAAGCGCGAGGACAACGACCUCGUACACACCGUCACCCUCGACCUCAAGGAGGCCCUAACUGGAUGGCGAAGAACGGUGACCACAAUCGAUGGUCGACAGCUGAACCUAGAGAAGGGAGGCCCUACCCAGCCCAACGGCGAGGAGCGUUAUCCCGGCCUGGGCAUGCCGAUUUCGAAGAAACCAGGCCAGCGAGGCGACUUUGUUGUCAAGUACAACAUCAACUUCCCAUCAAGUUUGACUGCAGACCAGAAGCAGAAGCUGAGGGAGAUCCUAUAG